GUCAAAGCAGGGGUUUUGUUUUGUUUUGUUUCGCCAUUUGAGUUUUUGUAAUAACAAAAAUGGCACCUAUCAUUUCUGCUCUCAGAAAAUCACUCUCUCCCCACUCUUCUUACACAAAAUCUCUUCUUUUCUCUCAAACUUCCCACCGUUUUUACUCCCCAAAACCCCCACCAGCCGCACCCCACCAAGAAGUAGAUGACGAGAUUCCUACUUCGGGUUUAAGCAGGCCUUUGUCUGAGGUUCUUAAAGAACUCAACAAGAAAGUCCCUGAAUCUCUUGUUAAACUUCGAGUUGAAGAUGGGUUCUCCAUGAAGUACAUUCCUUGGCAUAUUGUUAAUCGGAUUAUGAAUCUUCAUGCUCCUGAAUGGUCUGGUGAAGUUCGCAACAUUAUUUAUUCUGCUGAUGGAAAGUCGGUAUCCGUUGUCUAUCGUGUUACACUUUAUGGGACUGAUGCUGAGAUAUAUAGGGAAUCAACUGGGACUGCUUUGGUGGAUGAAGUGGGUUACGGAGAUGCUGUGCAGAAAGCCGAAGCAAUGGCGUUUCGUCGAGCUUGCGCACGCUUAGGCCUCGGCCUUCAUCUUUACCAUGAAGAUUUGUAAUUAGGCACACAUGGAGCUCAUUUCAUGCUAAUCUGACUCUCUACAUUCUUCUUUGGUGAAACAUGGUAGGACUAAAUAGUUCAUUAUGGCUUUGAUCAUUUUGUUGUUCUGUAAGGACCAUGCCUUAACAGCAACUGAUGCAUGUAUGUUUGUCUGACGGGGGAGCACCGCAUUAGCGCACGUGAUAUGUUCGAGACAUGAUCGUGUUGUUCGUGCAUCCGUCGUACUAAAGACUUUUUCUCGAAAUGGAGAGAAGCUUAUUUUGGGUACUUUCAAGUACCCAUCUUUUGUAGAAGAAUUCUACUACUUGAUGUAUAUGCAAAAGUUCAUUUUCAA